AUGACUGCCACAUUCCCCCAGCCUGUUCCCUCACCUGCACUGCUGGAGGCAGCCGGCAGCUCUCAUGCCAGGAGUGCAGCUCUGGAUGUCUCAGGGAAGGUUUUCCAGGCAGUGGGAGCAUGGGAGCUCAGCACUGCUGUCUUCUCUGAACUGACCUUCAUAACUGAAACUUCAGCUGCUCUGUGUAAAGCCUCCUUCGAAGAAGACCCCUGUGCCUUUCUCCGGGUCUGCAGCCAGAAGGCAACGCUUGUAGCUAUUUCUGGGGAAACCAGUACCUUCACCUCCAUAACAAGUUCAAUGGAGAAAGCUUUCUGCCUCCAAAUACUCUGCCACGCUGAAGCUGGCAACAAUCACACUAACCUUUCAGCAGCAGUGCAGGAACUGCUUGGACUCCUAGCUGCUAUCAGUGCUGAGGAUGUAAUCCCAAAGGAAGAAGAAACCCCCUGGGCUCUGAAUACCUCUAAAAUGAGGAAUUAUGUUGGAGAACAGGUGCUGUCAUUUAUCAUCUUUAUCUGCUUUAUUGCAUCUCUAGCUGCCUCUUUCAUGAUGGCACCACUCCUAGAGUUUCUGCUGGCACUGUUUCUUUUUUUUGCCUAUGCCUUCAAACUUAAUGAGAAGUUUAAAGGAUUCUACUGGCCUUUGACGGAUUUCUUGCGGUGUGUCACUGCUGCCAUUAUUUACUUCGCCAUUUCAAUUGCUGCUGUCUCAAAAUAUAAUGACGGAGCAUCUAAAGCAGCAGGAGUGUUUGGAUUUAUAGCCACGAUAGUCUACGCCAUUGAUUUCUACAUAACCUUCAAUGAGCUGGUUACUUUCCUCAAGCAAGGCAGUUCUGAUUCCCCUCAAGGGCACAAGUCAGAAGAUGAGGACUCCAAUUCUGACUCAGACUGA